GCAUCCCUCUCCUCCAGUGGGUGGGCGUAUUUUUCUCCUCCACACCGUGUCACCGCUCUGUCCGGUCACUCUGGUCUGGACAGACGGAUACUCGCAGACGCUGCGCGCUGGAAAUAAUAAUGUCCCAUUUAUCUUUUUAAGUUUUACUGGAGAAGGACUGCAAGAUGCUGCUGCUGCUGCUGACUUUACUUAUAUGCACCAGCCCGAGAGUACUGGGGCGACUGGAGGAAUCCCAGUUUGCAGAUGACAUUGAUUCCGACCUCGCAGACUUUGAUUUAGGCAUUGCGCCACGCAGGGUCCCGCGGCAGGUGAAAACUAUACUAGCCAAGGAGACUAAACCGCACAUCCAGGAACUCUCCAUCAAGACCACCAUAAUCUCCCGCUACGCCUUCACCGCGGUGUACUGCGCCAUGCUCAACCGGCACUCCGCCGCUGCCGAGGGCGUCUUCCAGUUUCAGAUCCCCGCGGGAGCCUACGUCUCCAACUUCACCAUGAUCAUUGGAGGGCGAGUCUACCAGAGCGAGGUCAUACCGAAGGAAAAGAGGGUCAAGCAGGACAACGGCAAAGCCAAGAACAAAGAUUCAGGUGCUGCAAGUCCUGAGCCGGAGGUGGAGGUGUUCAGGAUGGCGGCCAGCAUCCCGGGUCGGAACCGAGCCGUGUUCCUGCUGACCUAUGAGCAGCUUCUGCAGCGGCGCCUGGGACGCUACGAACACGUCACCAGCCUGCGGCCGCUGCAGCUAGUCAGCCGCCUCAGCCUGGACGUCACCAUCGCUGACCACUCGCCCAUCACGGACCUCCAGGUGCUGCCGCUCCGCAGCAACAGGAGCACCAACACUGCAACUGGGCCUAAUGCACCCAAAACACCAGCCAAGCCCGAGCCUCCCAUCACCACUGUGAUCAAAAACGAAAAGAACGUCUGCAAGAUCACCUUUGGCCCCAACAUCGUCCAACAGGCCAAGAUCACCACCAACGGCAUCCUGGGAGACUUUGUGAUCCGCUACGAUGUGCAGAGAGACAUGGGGAUAGGAGACAUUCAGGUUUUAAACGGACAUUUCGUCCACUACUUUGCCCCCAAAGACCUGCCAGUUGUGCCCAAGAAUGUGGUGUUUGUGAUCGACACCAGCGCCUCCAUGGUGGGGACAAAGAUCAGACAGACUAAAGACGCUCUGUUCACCAUUCUGAGGGAUCUGCGACCCGGCGAUCGCUUUAACUUGGUCAGCUUCUCCAAUAGGAUCAAAGUUUGGCAGCCCAACCGUCUCGUACCGGUGACGCCCCUUAACGUCAGAGAUGCCAAGAAGUUUAUUUACAUGCUGGUGCCCACUGGAGGCACAAAUAUCGAUGAUGCCAUCCAGACUGGCUCCUCUCUGCUUCGUGAUUACCUCUCGAGCCCCGACGCCAGCCCGAACAGCGUCUCCCUUAUUAUUUUCCUGACGGAUGGGCGGCCCACGGUCGGGGUGACACAGUCCAAUUCGAUCCUGGGGAACACUCGCUCAGCCGUGCAGGAGAAGUUCUGCAUCUUCACCAUCGGGCUUGGGAACGACGUGGAUUACCGGCUGCUGGAGCGCAUGGCUCUGGAAAACUGUGGGAUGAUGAGACGCAUCCACGAGGAGGCCGACGCCAGCGCUAUGCUCAAAGGGUUCUACGAUGAGAUAGGAACUCCUCUGCUGUCUGACAUAAGGAUCAACUACACCGAGGACUCCGUCCAGUACGUCACUCAGCAUCUGUUCACCAACUACUUCAACGGCUCCGAGAUCGUCAUCGCCGGCAAGCUGACCAACAACAGUGCAGAAUCCCUCCACGUCCAGGUCACAGCCAGCAACAGCGACAGGAGCAUCGUCCUGGAGACCGACGUUCCACUGCGGCACCGACAGCUAGAGACUGAGAAACACGUGAAAGCAGCCACCGCAGCAAUGGCUGCUGGAGCCAAGACUCCAGGGUCAGGGGUCGCACAGGGAUUAGGAGAUGCUUUGGGUUCCAUAGCGGAAGACUUUGUGGAACGCGUGUGGGGUUUCCUGAGCGUCAAGGACGGGCUACGGUCGCGGCUGCGCAGCCAAACCAGCAAGGAGAGGGAAGAACACAUCCAGCAGGCCACUAAUCUGUCUCUGACCUACCACUUCCUCACCCCCCUCACCAACCUGGUGGUGGAGAAGCCAGAGGUCCUGGCUGACGGCACCAUGGCCACGGCGCCCACCAUCCCCCCAUCAGCUGGUGAGGCUGUCUCAACUGCCAAUGAGCUGCCAGGCGACACAGAGGACGGAAAGCCACAGAAACCCAACGAGAAGCCAGGCAGCCAGACUUCAUCUCUGAGCAACAAGAUUGGUAAAGUUGAGAGACGACCAGCCAAGAAAUCCAUCACCGUCUCCAAAACAUCAGCGGAUGGUGACCCCCACUUUGUGGUGGAGUUCCCACUCAGUAAACUGACCGUGUGCUUCAACAUCAACGGGGAGCCUGGACACAUCCUGGGCCUGGUGUCUGACCACAAGUACUCCGGUGUGACAGUAAACGGUAAGCUAAUUGGCGCCCCAGCUCCGCCCGGCAGCCACAAGCAACAGCGUACCUAUUUCAGCACCAUCACCAUCGUGGUGGAUCAGCCCAGACGCGCCUACAUCGAGGUGACACCUAAGAAAGUCAUCCUGGACGGGCGGGACCGAAUGGUGCUGCCCUGCCACUCCACAGUCGCGGUCGACAGCGGCGCUCUGUCGGUGUCCAUUGUGGGAAAGUCUAAUGUGACCGUGACGGUCGGAGGAAACAUCGUGUUUGUGAUCCUGCUGCAUCAGUACAAGAAUCCAGCCCCCUACCAGAGAGACCAUCUGGGGUUCUACAUCGCUGACAGCAAGGGGCUGUCGCACAACUGCCACGGCCUGCUGGGUCAGUUCCUGUAUGAGGAAGUGGGACUGGCAGAGCUUCCUGCACAGGCCGACACAAAGCCGUCGUCUAUCCUGAAAGUGAAGGACCGCUCAGUGCCGGUGGUUCAGAAGAGCAGGAGGAUCUACAGCGGGACUCAGAGCGUGGACUGCUGGUUCGCCCGGAACAAUGCAGCCAAGCUGAUAGACGGACAGUACGAGGACUAUUUGAUGUCACACAUGUUCGACACGGGGGACUGGCCCCACGGGACCAACAGAGUGUGACACCACAAACUGUAGCUGUGGCAUUUAUGUGACUUCACUCAUUUUUACUCUGUAUCCAUAUCACAUCCCAAAUGCCAAACCUUCCAAUGUCAGUUUUUUUUCCCCUGUCUCUUUUAAAUAUAUUUUUUUACUAUUUCUAAUGAAAAUUAAAUGUUUUAAUUAUAUUAUGUGUAUUAUUUUUUACAAUAAUGUUGUAGUUGUAAAUAAAACACCUAAACCCAC